AUGUCACCAGCUAGUACUAAAGAAGAAAGCUCUACUAUCUCGACUGCCAGAGGGUAUGAUUUUGGAGAAAGAGGAACCCAGAACAUUGCUAAAGGAAUGGAUCAUGCUUACCAAAAACCUACAUUCACUGAUAAAUAUCAAGAACGUAAAUGGGCUUUGGAACACAUGGCAGGAGCAUUCAGAGUGUUUGCAAGAAAAGGAUAUACCGAAGGAACUGCAGGUCAUAUUUCUAUACGUGAUCCAGUGGACCCAAAUACUUUUUGGAUAAAUCCAUUAGGUAAACAUUUCGGUUUAAUUAAGGCAAGUGACUUAGUUCAUGUUGAUCAUGCUGGCAACAUUUUACCAGAUGGUGCACAAACUGCUAUUAAUGCUGCUGGUUUUGUUAUUCAUAGUGCCUUACAUGCAGCCAGACCAGAUGUUCACGCUGCUUGCCAUACCCAUUCUACUUAUGGUAAAGCUUGGUCUGCGAUUGGUAAACCAUUGGAUAUGAUUAACCAAGACGUAUGUACAUUCUAUAAGAGUCAUUCUGUAUACCAAGAUUUUGGUGGAGUUGCUUUGGAAGCUGAGGAAGGGUUUAGAAUUGCCGAAGCAAUUGGAAAUGGAAAAGGUGCCAUAUUGCAAAAUCAUGGUUUGUUGACUGUGGGAAGCACAGUUGACGAAGCUACUUAUUUGUUCACUUUGAUGGAAAAGUCUUGUCAGGUACAAUUAGCAGCACAGGCCGCUUUGUUGCCGGGUGAAAAGUUGAAACUUAUUGGAGACGAAGAAGCUGCAUAUUGUGAAUAUAAAGCCGCUGAUCCAGAGACGUUAUAUACCGAGUUUCAACCAGAUUAUGAAAUGGAAAUUUAUUUGAACGGGGACUUUUUAGACUUGUAA